AUGCGCUAUGAUACGUAUUUGCACGAGCGCGACGACGAGGCUCACGACGUCUCUACACUGUUCCGUCAUCACUCAGAUGCAAUGUCCAACGUAUUUAGACAUUACGGAAUGCCGCUGCGUUUUCUUAUCACGUUAACCGCAGAACUGACACGACUUAACUCCGAAGGCGAAUUUGACUUUAGCGUGCAUUACUUUCACUCUUUCGUUCACACGAUCUGGGCCGAGGGUAACAUCGCUAGCGCCCUGCAGCUUGCCUACGGCGAGAUAAACGCCCGUCUAGAGCAGUAUCAGGAACGUGGGUCGGGUUUCGCGCUCGUCGCAAUCCAACAAUGUAGCAUCACAGUUGGACGUUUCGUUCCCCAGAGGGUCGGAUGUCAAAGUUUCACUUUGCCGAAGGAACUGGCAAACAAACAGUGUAUUUUGAAUGUGAACGAACGCAUGAAGGACUCCGAAAGAAAAAUGUGCUUCACCUUUUCCGUGCUUGCGGGGUUGCAUCCCACUCAACAUAAAACGAGAGCUUCCUCAUACAGGGACCAUCUGAGCAAAUAUUCGUUUCCUUUAAACUAUCCAGUGACGUUUCCAGAAGACGUAGAGACUUUCGAAAGAAAAAAUCGCGUGUCCAUCAACGUGUACGGUUACGAACGGGAAAAAAAGUUUGUCUAUCCUCUCAAAAUCAACGAUCACGAGUUGGAAAAGCAUGUAGAUUUGCUCUUGAUUGACGACCACUUUGUCCUCAUCACCAACUUCGCCGGGCUUUUCGAAAACAGGGCUAGCUACCGAUUCCGUUGUAAAAGAUGCAUGAUGGGUUUUCGUUUUCGGACUUCUCUAACCAGUCAUUUUGCCUUGUGUAAAGAAAAAAAGCCAGUCCGAACGGUCUCUCCUAAAAAAGGGGACGCGCUUUAUUUCCGUAACACUCACCUCAUGGAGCCUUUUCCAUACUUCUGCGUCUACGACUUUGAGGCCAUCUUGAAACCGGAAAACACGGAUCACGUUUACGAGAGUCACGUACCCAGCUCGUUUUGUAUUCUAGUGAUCCGUUCUACAGACUCACGAAUCAUGGAACGUUUCUUGUAUCGAGGCGAGGAUUGUGUCGAGCAGUUCAUUUCCAUCCUCAAUCAAAUGUCCAAACUCAUUCCCGAGUGGAUUAGGAGCGAUCUCACGACGGUCAAAAAGACACAGAGCUCCGGCAGUUACUGUGAUGUAUGUGGCGAGUCGUUCGACAAACGUAAAAGAAAGGGCAAAGAUCAUUUUACCGGACCUUACAGGCUGUGCAAAGGCUGUAAUUUAAACGACAGGAAUAACAAAAAAGUCAUUCCCCUGGUUGCACACAACCACUCGUGCGACCCUGCCUUUAUUUUACCGAAACUACAUCUAUUCGAGUCGAAAGAUAUCAAGGUUCUCGCCAGUAGUUGUCAACAGUUUAAGCGACUCGACGUGGGUAACCUACGGUUUCUCGAUAGUCUAGCUUUCCUCCCCGCGAGCUUGGACGCACUUGUGCAGGACCUCCAUUCCAAAGGCUUGGAAAAUUUUCGCUGCCUUCGUGAAGCGUUUCCUCAACAUAUUGAGUUGCUGGCACGUAAGGGUGUGUUUCCCUACGAUUACAUAACCGACUUCAGCGUCUACGAUGAGCCCGAGCUGCCACCACGUGAGUCGUUUUGCAACAAGCUUAACGACGCUCACAUUUCUGAGAAGGAUUAUCACCAUGCCCAAGUCGUUUUUGACACGUUCAAGUUCAAAAACGUGGGAGAGUACAGUGACUGCUAUUUGAAACUCGACUGCUUACUUCUAUCCGACGUAAUGCAAAAUUUUAGGAAAUGGACCCUGGAAACCUACGAGAUCGAUCCCUUGCAUUUCGUGUCGCUUCCUGCCCUCAGCUUGGCCUGUGCGCUUAAGCAAACAAAGGUCAAACUUGAGUUGCUCACCGACGUCGACGCAUAUCUUUUUAUCGAAUCGGGUUUACGAGGAGGAAUCGUGCAAUGUGCAAUUCGACAUGCGAGAGCUAACGUUCCAACCAGCGACUCGUUCGAUCCUAACAAAGAUGCUUCUCAAAUGUUCGACCUCGAUGUGAACGGUCUUUACGCAUCAACGAUGAGACAACCGCUUCCGUACGGAAAUUUCCGAUGGCUUGAUCGCGAAGAAAUCAAUGCCCUUCAGUUCGCUCAGGUUUCAGACGACUCACCCACUGGUUACAUCUUGGAGGUAGACCUAGACUAUCCUGAGGAACUACACGACUCGCAUGCAGACUUUCCUUUGGCUCCGGAAAAACGAGGGGUUCCUUUCGAAUGGCUUUCGUCUUAUCAAAAGGCGCUAGUGAAAAAAAUUGGCCUACCCGAGAGAGAAUCUGAACGUAAGCUUCUUUUAACCCUAUUUCCCAACCGUAAUUACGUUAUUAAUUUCCGAAACCUAAAGUUGUACCUGCAGCUAGGGUUAAAACUGAAGAAGAUUCAUCGCGUCCUGCAGUUUUCCCAGCGGGCCUUUCUAAAAGAAUUGAUCGACUUCAAUCACGAUCUGCGCAAGCAGGCUACCAACACCUUUCAGAAGAAUCUGUCAAAGCUCUUUAUGAACUCGAUCUACGGAAAGACGAUUGAAAAUCCUCGCCAAUACAACGACAUUGUCAUUAGCGUUUCCGAGGACGAAGUCGUAAAAAAUCUGCAAAAACCUAACCUUAGACAAUUUAAGCGAUCGGUCUGA